CAUCAUUCACACCUCAGUGCCUCACCAUAGUCCACGCAGUAACACUAAUCAAGAUCGAUCAUGGGGCACCACGUCCGCCGAUUAGUCCUGGUGCUCAUGUUCGCCGCCGCGGCCAUGGCGACUAGCGAAGUGGAGACGACGCGGCCAAUCCCGGACCAGAUGGACCUCCCGCCACUCCCAUCACCGGCCGACAUUCCGGUCACGCCGCCGUGCCUGAACAGCAUAUCCGUGUGCGGUCUCGUCUACCAGGACCCCUCCAAGCUGGCACCGUGCUGCACCGCGGUCAAGAAGCUCUUCGGCAGCGAUCCGGAGUGCAUCUGCGACGGAAUCGCUGAGGCUCAGAAGGUCGCAAAGCAGUCCGGGCUCAACUACACCGUCGACGGCCAGGAGAUGUUCCGCCGGUGCGAGAUGCCUCUCACCAGCUGCAACCCCGAAAAACCAGGAUCACAAAAUAUUGGGAAUGCGGCGCCUAGUGCAAGGACCCUUGGCGUCUUUCAGAUGCUACUUGUCAUCCCACUAUUCUUCAUGUUGUAAGGAUGGAGUGUUCGAGGGCGUCCUUUGCUUAUUUGUUGCAAUUUGUUUCCCUCAUUUUUCACUAUUUUGUAGUCUCAUUUAUUUUGUAUGACCGUGUAUAUCAUGAAGCAAUCAAUAAAAACUGAUGAGUGGUUUAUUCAUUUCAAAAUCCCCCUUCAUGCUCCAAUUAUUUGUCCACGAGGGAUGAUGAAUAAAAUGUAGC